AUGUACGGGGAUGGAGAGGGCACAGUGUGGGACCGGGUCGGGCGGCCCCAUCGGGACUGUAUGUGCUACCUUGGACCUCCUACUACUUUGAUGCCCAUCGGGAUGCGCAAGUCGCCUGACGUGAGCCCCAGAAGGCUUUCGGACAUCAGCCCUCAGCUCAGACAGCUCAAGUACCUGGUGGUGGACGAAGCCAUCAAAGAGGAGCUCAAGUCCUCACGCUCAGUUGAGGACAUCAACAGUGCGUCCAUAGAAGAGAGAAUAUUGCGAAUCACCGGCUAUUAUGGAUAUCAGCCUUGGAAUGCAAGCUACAAGAGAGAAGACCGCAUCAGGGAGAAUGUGGUGGGCACCACAGACGCACAGUCGGCUGGCGGUGCGGCCGGAGUGGAGUCCGGCACCAACAAACGGAAGCUCCACUGCUGCAUCAGAGUCACAACCAUACAGGUGCGGAAGGCUCUGUGGGGGGUCGCCAUGGUGAUGUGUGUGUGCUCCUCCUGGGCUGGGUCCACCCAGCUGGCCAAGCUGACCUUUAAGCAGUUUGACGCCCCCUUCACCCUCACCUGGUUCGCCACCUCCUGGAACAGCCUCUUCUUCCCCCUCUACUACAUCGGCCAUCUGUGGAAGAGUCCAGAGAGACAGACGGCCAGGCAGAGAUUCAGGGAGUGCUGUAGGUUUUUCGGGGACGACGGGCUCACACCCAAGGUGUUUUUCACCAAGGUAGCUCCCUUUGGCCUGCUGUGGAUCCUCACCAACUACCUGUACCUGCAGGCCCUCAGGAAGAUCAACACAACAGACGCGUCAGCGCUCUUCUGUUGUAACAAGGCCUUCGUCUUCCUGCUGUCCUGGAUUGUACUUAGAGACCGCUUCAUGGGGGUCAGGAUAGUAGCUGCUAUCUUGGCCAUAGCAGGAAUUGUAAUGAUGACCUAUGCUGAUGGAUUCCACAGCCAUUCAGUCAUCGGCAUUACUUUGGUCGUGGCCUCUGCUUCGAUGUCAGCGCUCUACAAGGUGCUCUUCAAGAUGAUCCUGGGCAGUGCCAAAUUUGGAGAGGCUGCGCUCUUUCUGAGCAUUGUUGGAAGCGCCAACUUUGUUUUCAUCAGCUUUGUGCCGGUCAUCCUGUAUUUCACACAUGUGGAGUACAUCGACUCACUCGUGGACAUCCCCUGGGGCUACCUGUGUGGGGUUGCAGGCCUGCUGUUUGCUUUCAACGUCCUGGUGAACUUUGGCAUUGCGAUAACAUACCCGACAUUAAUAUCCCUCGGCAUCGUCUUAAGUGUUCCUGUAAAUGCCCUGGUGGACCUCUACACAUGUGAAAUAAACUUCAACACAGUGCGCCUCAUUGCUGUGUUCAUCAUUUGCCUGGGUUUCCUCAUGCUGCUGUUACCUGAGGACUGGGACCAGUGCAUCAUCCAGCUCAGCACAAAGCUGCGCAAGCGUGACGAGCCAGCAGAGGGCAGUGGAGAGGCAGGCGCCACCACAGGGCUCAACUGGAGAGGGAGAGCCAGGACCUCCAUGUCAACAUUUGCACAUUGA